CACACACUACUGUAGUCGACAAAAAGAAACGAAUUAAAAAAAAGAAGGUGGAGUGGAAUGGGGUCCGUAUUCAUUCAUGCAAUACCUACCUAUCUCAGUCAGCUUGGCGAUUCCCUGGCAGAGCCAAGCCAGACCAAUGACCCGCAACGCGUCUUCGUCUUCGUCCGUCUUCCACAUCCCUCUGCCGAGGAUCUGAGUUUCACGAUGCUGUCGCUUAUCUCAGCCUCAACGUCGAUUCGGCCCCGAAAGCCAUGUCAUUCAUUUGUAGCAUGUUUCGACUCCUCCCCUCUCUCAUCUUGUGUUUCGUUUCCGUGCUUGCGGAUUGUUUGCUCGCUCGCUCGCCCGCUCCCCCGCCUGCCUGCCUGCCUGCCUGCUCACUCGCUUGCUUUCUUGCUGCGAGGGCUUUCAUGAUCAUCAUGUCAUACAUCCGAACUUCAGCUAUGCAUCCGUCGUAUCAGGCUUCUCCACUGCCCUUGCUGUUGACCAGGAUCUCCUGUCCAGUGUACCGGAACCUUCUAGGUAUUCCAUCCAUCUGCCAUUGUAUUCUUCCUCGUUAUUUACUAUAUACCCAUGUACAGCAAUACAAAUUACACUGUAGCAGUAUCGAGGUGGACUUGAUACACUACCUACAGUAAUAUAUACGUAGUGUAUUCGCUAUUCACACAGUAUCUUGGUAAUACAUACUUUGUACUGGAACCUUACAUAUUAUGUACUAGGUUAGGUGGUAAGUAGUAGCCUUAGGCAGCUA